ACUGUACAGAGAAGAAUGGCAGAUGCAGAAGAGGACUCUCUGGGAAAAAGAGAAGAAAAUGGAGAAAGGGAAAUGGCUGAAGAAGGGGAGGAAGAGGAAGAAGAAUACACUCCAGAUUAUAAAGAAGUGGAAAAUGCGCAGCAGAAACCAGAGGGUGACACGUUAGCAGGAAGGGAAGGGAGGGGAGAGGAAGGGAAGGGAGGGGAGGAGGAGGAAGGGGAGAGAGGGGAGGAGGAGGAAGAGACAGUCCUGGAAGAGAUGGAGGCAGGGGCUGCGGGAGUGCGGAGAGAAACCCCAGCAGAGCCCCAUGAAACCACCCGGUCCAUCGGUCUGGAGGAACCCGUCCGUGCUUCCCAGUCGGCCACACCAGGAGCCUUCCCUCCUCUCCGGAGGGGCAGCGCGUCACAGCAGUCGCUGCAGUCAGAGGGAUCCCGAGGAACCGAGCUCUCGGGAAGCCUGAGCUCCCGACAGGACCUGGACUCGGACCGCGGCAGCGGCAGCGAGGACAACCAGGGCAGCUCCUCCCAAAGGCCGUCCUCCGGAGGGCUCCUGGGGACCCGCCAGCUGUCCCACAGUGCUGGCGAGGCGGGGCGAGGACCAGAAAGUGGAGAGAGGGUUUCCUGCUUCCUCGAUGACGGGGGGAGAGCGCCCCACGCCAGGGCAGAGGCCUCGGGCGAGUCGUUGGUGUCCAGCAGCACCGGAGACGUCUUGUUCCAGAAGGACGUCAGCACCAGUGUGUACCCUCUGACCAUGACCUGGUCGUUUGGGUGGAACAGCACUCUUCCCGUGUUCUACAUUCGCGAUGAGAACCAGAGAGUCCUCCUGUACGUGUGCGCUCACACCGCUGUCAUCUACAACGUUUUCCAGAACACUCAGCACCACCUCCAGGGCCACCCGAACGUCAUCUCCUGCCUCUGCCUCAGUGAAGACAGGCGGUGGAUCGCCACCGCGGACAAAGGGCCGGACUGCCUGAUAAUCAUCUGGGACUCCUUCACAGGGAUCCCUGUGCACACGAUCUUCGACAGCUGCCCGGAGGGAAACGGCAUUGGGGCAAUUGCCAUCACCCGCGAUGCCAAGUUCCUGGCCACCAUCUCAGAUGCCGAAGUCCAGAAGGUGUGCAUCUGGAAGUGGACGCUAGCAGCAGAAACGCCAGCGUGCACGCUCGAACUCCCCACAGAGUAUGGCGUCCAGCACUACAUUAUGUUUAAUCCAACCAAUAAUAAAGAACUGGUGAGCAAUAGCAAGACGCAGGCCAUCUAUUACUCCUGGUAUGAAGAGAAAGAUAUACUUGCUCACAGUGCCCCGCUUUUAACAGAAAAAACAUUCAACAAGCUCGUGGGGAAAUUCAGCCAGUCCGUCUUUCACUUGAAUUUAACACAAAUCCUCUCGGCGACCAUGGAAGGGAAGCUGGUCGUCUGGGACAUACACCGGCCGCCGCCGUCUUCCGCCACCUUUGUGGGCUUCCCCUACAUCAAGCCUUGUAAACUGGUCCAUUUGCAGAAAGAGGGUAUCACCGUGCUCACUGCAGUCGACGGCUACAUCGUCACAGGUGACGUUAGGGGUAACAUCAAGUUCUACGACCGCACCCUGUCCAUCGUUAACUGGUACAGCCACUUCAAGCUGAGCUCCAUACGAACACUGUCCUUUUCAAAGAGCCCGGCAGCUCCUACUGAGAAAUCCAGCUUCCCUCCAGACUGCACUCUGAAAGGGGACGCAUUCGUUGUAAGGAACUUCAUCAUUGGAACCGCCGACGCCACGGUGUACCACUUAACCACAGAUGGGACCAGACUCGAGAAGCUGUUCGUGGAGCCCAAGGAUGCCAUCUGCGCCAUCUCCUGCCACCCGUACCAGCCCCUGAUUGCCAUUGGGAGCGUCUGUGGGAUGAUCAAAGUGUGGAAUUACGAGGAGAAAAGAUACCUCUUCAGCAGGGUCUUCGAGAAAGGGCUUGGAGUCCAGAGUCUGACCUACAACCCGGAAGGAGCCCUCCUUGGUGCUGGCUUCACCGAGGGGACGGUUUGCAUCCUGGACGCCAUGUCUUUAGAAAACCAAAGCCCAAAGCCUUUCAAGUACUCCAGAACCAGCGUGACGCACAUAAGCUUCUCCCAUGACUCGCAGUACAUGGCCACAGCCGAUGUCAGCUUCACCGUAGCUGUCUACAUGGUGUUUGUCCGGAAGGGAACCAGGGUCUGGGAGUACCUGGCGAGACUCCGCUCGCACCGCAAGAGCAUCCGGAGCCUCCUGUUUGGGGUCCACCUGGACAGCAAUGAGCCCAGACUGCUGAGCCUCGGCAGGGACAGGCUGUUGAUCGAGUACAACCUUCGCAAGAGCUACAGAGACCACCUGGAGGUCCUGGACAUCCACUGGACCGACCAGGGCAACUACCCCACCUGGAUGGUCUGGUACCCCCCGCUCACCAAGGAGCUCUUCCUGCUCAUCUGCAACAGCGGCUACAAGGUGAAGCUGUUUAACUCCACCACCAAGAUGUGCAGAAAGACGCUUCUCGGACCCACCUAUGGUUCUCCUAUCGAGCAGGCCCUCGUCCUCCCGGCGAGGACCACCGCGGACCUGCAGAAGCGCUACUUGGUGUUCAUUAACCGAGACAAGGUUGGACUUCAGAUCCUGCCAGUCGAUGGCAACCCGCACAAGACAGCCGCUAUCGUGUGCCACCCGAGCGGGGUGGCAGGAAUGGCCCUUUCCUAUGACGGCUGCUACGUCUUCACGGCGGGAGGCCUCGACCGCUCCGUGGUGCAGUGGAAGAUCAAUGUGAGCGCCCUGGAGGCAGCCGUCUCUCUCGGGGGUGAGGACUUGACCCCGUUCUAUGGCCUGGUGUCUGGCGGCAGGGAAGGAAAGUUCUACAGGGAGCUGGAAGACUAUUUCUACUACUCCCAACUCCGCAGUCAAGGCCUGAGUACCAUGGAGGCCAGGAGGGUGUCGGAGCACAUAUGCCUGUCGGAGCUGCCCUUCGUCAUGAGAGCCAUCGGCUUUUACCCGUCCGAGGAGAAGAUUGACGACAUGUUUAACGAAAUCAAGUUCAGCGAGUAUGUGGACACCGGGAAUCUGAUCGACAAGAUCAACCUGGCAGACUUCCUCAAAGUGUACGUCAAUCACCGGCCGCCCUUCGGUAACACCAUGAAAGGCAUCUACCGGAGCUUCGACGUCCUGGGGUUCACCAACUCCAAAGGAGAAAAGGCCAUCCGAAGAGAGGACUUCCUGAGGCUGCUCCUCACCAAAGGUGAGCUCAUGACCGAGGAGGAGAUGACCGACUGCUUCGCCACGCUGUUCGGCCUGAACCCCGAGGGCUGGAAGUCCGAGCCUACCACCGCCUCUGUCAAAGGUUUAGAACUUUGCCUCGAAGAAGAACUUCCAGAUGAAAUCACCGCAGAAAUAUUCACCGAAAUUCUCGGCUUAACCAUCGCGGAGGAUUCCGGACAGCAUGGUCAGGGAGGUCCUUAGGAAUGUCCGAGGCUCAAAGGGCCGUGUGUGUGCGCGUGCGUGCGCUUCUGGGCGGCACCCUCUUCCGCACCUCCCAGCCCCACUCUGAUGAGAAUACUCAGACAUUAAAAGCGAAUCUCUGUUAAGCAAUGGGAUUCAGGA